GAACGAAGAACCUCAAGAAUCCCUUCCGCAGCAGGACAAAGAAAAGCCCAAGAAACUCAAGAUUCCAGAAUUCACCACAAAGGAAGUCGUCAAGCAGGAGGAGGUCGUCCAGGUCCAAAGGCUCAACACCAUGCUCUUUGAAAACAGAGAGGAGCCCGAGGAGCCGCUUGAGAAGAGAGAGGUUCCAAGAGUCAAGAAGCUGAAUAUUCCAAACUAUGCAACCAAAGAGGUGCGCAAGUCGGAAGUCAUUGAGGUCAAAAAGCUAGAUCAAACAAGGUUUGAAGAGAAACCAAGAGAAGAAAAAUUUGAAAUGCCUAAAGAAAUGGUAAACAAACGUGUUAUUCCCGAAUUCUCCACCAAACAAGUCGGCAAGCCUAAAAUGAAAGAAGUAAUACGAAUGGACAGAAAUUUUACUAAAGACGAUGAGCCUUUUAGGAAGGAACCUGUUCAUACUCAUAAUCAGAAGGACGAAGAAAAGCCAAAGAAACUUAAGAUUCCAGAACUCCAAAGUGCUGAAGUUGUCAAGCAUGAYGAUGUUGUCAAUUCGCAAAGAUGGAAGAAAGGAAGCAGUCGUCGCUCAGRAGAUGAAGAAGUGCAAAUACAUUUGAAUAUGAGAAACAAAGGUGUAUAUCAGUCAGGUACUUCAGAGAAAAAAGGAAAUUUGUCUGUGAUCAAAGAAACAACUGAAAUAGUUAAUGGUGCUCAGCAUAAAGAUGUAAAACGGAUUUCAAAAGAUUUUCCAGAAAAAAGAGAAGCAUCUAUAGUAGAUUUUAAAGUUAUGCAAAACAAGGAUCAGAACUCUUUGCUUGAGGUGGGAAAUGAAGAACRACCAGGUUUCGAUAUUGGGAAGCAAAGAUUUAUGCAAGUAGACAAAKCUGGUACAGCAUUUGUUGGUGUUCGCCCACAAAGAAAAGAUACUGGUAAAAUUGAWAAAGAGCCAAGGGCAGGUUUUAAAUGGGAUGUUAUAGAUUCCCAAAAGCAASCAACCAAGCCAUUCUCAAAUACAACAAUGACACAAAGCAGUUCCCGUGGCGUUGAUGUUACUGUUCAUCAAAUAGACAUUCCUAUAGAUGUUAAUGAGUCUAGUUCUAAAUGGAAUGUGAAAAGGUCUCUGCAUACAACUCAGUCUACUGAUAAAGCACAGAGAGGGCCUCAUAUUGAUAUAACAGUUCGUCAAAACCAGAAAGGACAAGUCUCCAAGUGGGAUACUCAAACACCUCAGMAGACAGUACAAAAAACUGUUUCUAAAACAGAAAUGGAACGGGAUGGUCCUCCAAACUUUGGUGUAACUGUCCGUCAAAUUGGCCUUUCUGAACAAGACAACCAACAAGGCUACAAAAGGAKWGUCCGUACGCACAAUGAAACACAAGAAAUGAAAAGGAGAGGUCCUGGACAUGUUGACGUUUCUUUACGUCAAAUUGACUUUCCUGAACAAAUCAGUCAGCGUGGCUACAAGUGGACAGUUCAAACGUCUACGAAGAAAGUGCAGCCCUCAACAAAUAAAGUACAGAGUGGACCUGAAAGAGGCGAUUUAAAUGUUCUAAAAGGGAACUCGUUUAAUGUYCAGAGCCAACAAAGCUAUAAUUCGGGAGGUGAAAACUCUCAACAGACAUCUCACACAAAGUUCUCUACACGACAAAUUGAACAAAAUAGAAACCCCAGAGAAGAUGUUAUCAUUCGCCAAACUGAKUUCUCUCAACAGCGAAGUGAACCAGGUUACAAGUGGGCUGYUGAAUCAACAACAGAUAAGAAUGAGAGUGGACUUCGCACCAGUGAUGUUGCUAUUCGUAAACUUGACUCAACUCAAGAUCAGAACCAGCACGACUACAUUUGGARUUCCCAAAAGACAACAGUUUCUACAACAGAUAAGGAAAAUAAAGGACARCACAAUAUUGGUUUUAAUGUCCGUCAAGUUGACUUACCUCAAGACCAGAGCCAAAAGUUGGGUUUUGAACGUUCCCGCCAGACAACCSAUAAAACAUACUCAUCAACACAGARUAAACAAACAAAGGGAGCUGACGCAAAGGUCCACCGAAUMGAUACUUCUUACCAAUCGAAUCAGCGAUCUAACUUACAAAAUCAAGGUAUUGCUUACAUUGAUGUGGAUACACAACAUCUUCAAGACCAUACAUUUACAGAUGACCUACGAACGCGACAAACUGAGCAGAUCCAAAGUUCAGGUCCAGGAUCGUCUUACGCUCAAGUCCGAAAAGAAUCAAAAAAGAUUAUAAGUGGCAGYCCCGGUGAUGGAAUCAAAGUUCAUCAAAUGGAGGUUCAAAGACAGCAAUCGCCAUCUUCUGGAAGCAGUUGGCAGGUUCAAAGUGUUCGCGGAGUUAAACAAGGACAAUGGGAGCAAACGCAUACAUCUGAGAUAACAGGAGAUCAAGGCCAAAAGAUAACAAGGCAUUCCUAUCAAGCCCAGCACAGCUCAUCAUCGCAUCAACAGAGUUUCUACCAUAGCAGCCAAAAUUCCGGAGCAAUUCAAUUUCGAACACAUGAAACAGAACCGAACUUCCCUGCCUUAAUGCAAAAAGAUGGAAAAUGGGAAGUGCGAAGGGUAAGUGUUGAUGACAAYACGAGAUACGCACCUCAGACAUCCAUGGAAGUACAACCACUCGAACGGAAGGUCACGUURGGUGCCACAGAUAAAAACGCUCCUCAAAGGAAAGAACUGAUGAAAGAAUUCAAACAAAAGGCUCAGACAAAAACCUAUGAAGAUGUACUGGAAGAUGGAACGCACGUCAAAAGAAUAAUACAAACAAGUGGGGGAACUACUUAUGAUGAGCCUGGGAGUCAAACACGAGUUCACAGUGUCAGGGAGCAUGUUGUUAUGUCCAAAAGGUAUUGAAAGCAACCAAGAUAUCUACAAGAAAAAAACGUCCAAGUUAUUUUAUCCCAGCGAUCUAAUUUUUACCUAAACAACAUUGCACUUCAUACGCAAUUGGUGUACGUAUUCCAUGGAUAGUCAUCAAAGAAAGCUAGCAUAAAAAGUGACUCAGUAACUCUUAUUCUGCUAUUAGAAUUAUAAUAUAAAUUGUUAUCACUGAUGCAUAUGUAUAACUACAAAACGGCCCAUUUUGUAGUUACGUUUGCAGAAUUUUAAUUAAUAACAUUUGCGCAAUAUCUUUGACCUGACUAUCAACGUGCAUAUCAAUUUCUUUUUCAAAAUGUAAACAAGAGUUUUAGAUUGACGUUUACUAAAAACGUCAGAGCUAACCACGUGCUUACUGUUUUUUUUCUGUAUUAACGCAACGUUCUUUUGCAUUUGUACGUAAAUUCGAUCGUUUUGUAGUGCGUGAGCGCAUCACUGAUUCCUUUCAAUUACGUUUUUUUAAUUUUGUAGAGCGAAUCUUUUAAGUCAAUUCGGCGUUGGCCGUGAACGUGAAUCUAAAUCUCUUUAUACUAGUUAUCAACCUUAAGUUGUGUUAUGUUAGAUAUUUGAGCAAUAUUUGAGCAUUUCAGAGGCAGUUGUACGAAGAACGAAGUCUGUAUGUUCAGAAAUAUWCAGUGAAGAAAAUCUUAAACUUUAUCCAACUUUCGUACAACCGUCUCCUGAACUCUCUUGUCAUUUUACGUGACGACUAUUGCUGUCACUGAAUUUUUUAAAUAAUGUAUAGGGAAGAUGGUGAAAAUCAUUGCCAAGUAGAGUUAAAGGAAAAAUUGUGUAAGCAAAGAGAGGAUUUUUAUUGAUUUUCAAGAUAAUAUACAUAGUAUUAUUAAAUGACCUGAAAAAUGUU